AUAUAUAUAUAUAAAAAACUUCAACUGAACGCCCUCUUGUGGUGGAUUGACAAUAUAAACAUUUUAAUGAUCCACUCCCACAGAAGGCCUUGAGUUGUGUCACACUGACUGAAAAUUUUAAAAACAACUGAGCGCCCUCCUGUGGUGAAUUGGCAAGUAGAAUUACGCUGAAUAAAAUCUUUAAAAAACUCCAACCUAACGCCCUCUUGUGGUGAAUUGAGAAGUUGAAUUACGCUGAAUAAAAUCUUUAAAAAACUCCAACCUAACGCCCUCUUGUGGUGAAUUGGCAAGUUGAAUUACGCUGAAUAAAAUCUUUAAAAAAACUCCAACCUAGCGCCCUCUUGUGGUGAAUUGAGAAGUUGAAUUACGCUGAAUAAAAUCUUUAAAAAACUCCAACCUAACGCCCUCUUGUGGUGAAUUGACAAGUUGAAUUACGCUGAAUAAAAUCUUUAAAAAACUUCAGCAUAACGCCCUCUUGUGGUGAAUUGACAAGUUGAAUUACACUGAAUAAAAUAUUUUAAAAACUUCAACUGAUCGCCCUCUUGUGGUCAAUUGACAAUAUAAGAAUUUUUAAUGAUCCACAACUGCACAUUUAAAGAAUUUAUGCCAAACAAAUCAAUCACGGCUGCUUCAAAGGAACAUUGAUCUCUACAAUGGAAACAUUAAAUCAGAAUCUAUAUUAUAGAACCACAUAAUUUACACUAACACGAAUGACCAAGAAAUAUAUACUUUAUUAACUACAAAUGACAGCAUUUAACCCACAGCUUGAACUCAUGUUUUAUGAUCAGGAAGACAAAAUCAAAUAAUGACCCUUAACAUUUCAGACACAAUACACAAUGAUGGUGACACUCAAAUAUACACAAAGUAAGAAAUUCUCUCUAACAUCAUUGCAUGACACACAACUGAAAGAAACAACAAACACAACAUUUCUAAUGUGAAUAAUGAGUACAAUUAUGUAGCAAUUUCCAGUUAAAUAACAGUGAAGCACUUUCAGUUUUAUUUUUUGGCUCUUUUAGGUGCUCUGUGUGUCUGCCUUUAUUCACAGUCCUGGAAAAUAAAACCACAACAGCGAUUUUGUCAUGGCUAGAUGGUAACCUUCAUCCUGUGUAACUGCUGAUAUAUGUAAGACACAUGAUGGCGAUGUUAGUUUCAUAGUGUUUCCUACACCGUAAAUACCUCACCUUUGAGGUUUUCAAUUGUGGUAUUGCCAUACAGUUAGUGAAGAGGGAAUCUAUUUCUGCAUUCAUCUUUUAUGAGAGCCAUUGAUGUUAAUCAUAUUAGCAUGUACUUAAUAGACACCUAAUUAAGGAUGCAUAUGGUCAAAGUUAGAUGACAUUUUAACAUUAAAAUUAAUUAUAUUGUAUUUUAAAAGGUCUAGUGCCUGGAAGCUUCAUUAAGGUCACCAAACAUCAUUAGUAUAACCUAAUCAAUAUUCAUGAGCAUAUCCAUUCCAUAUUUUACUGGUUUCUUAUAUCUUUUUAUGUCAAAUAUAUUAAGUGCAAAAUUCUGCAUUGUAAAAAGGCAGAUAUUAUUAACAGACUUUAACAUUCAAAUCAGCCAAAUGGAUUAGGGUCCAAAAAUUAAUUCAAAAACGGAAUAUGAGCAACAGUUACUUGCACAUUAAGCACACAAACUGAACAUUAUGAAAUGAUCCUCAUUCAUAUAAUGUGUUUAUAUCAGUCUUGCACAGUUUAUUAUGUCUUAUUAUGUCUAGGUUUUAAGAAAGCAAACUCUGUGUUUGCACCAUGUGUGUUUGUGAGCCGCUACACUUGAGGGAACUCAAAUCCUUUUGCCAUGUCAACAUGACCCGCAUUCUCAGGGUGUCAAGAGAAAGCGGGUCAACACUAAAUAUAUCCUCCAGACCUGUGAAAAAAACAAAGUCAGUCUGUGUUUUGCAACGCUGUGAGGUGCAUGUCAUUUCUUCCUAUAGUUGAUCAGAAUCUCUCAGGACGGAUUCACAGUGAAAACUGGAAAUUCGUGUCAGUUUCAUAAUCAAGCUUUCUUCAUGUGUGCGUCUUUGAAACACAAUGGACUACAUGGAACAAAUGGAUGAAGAUCAGCUCAUUGACUUUGUUAUUCAAAUGAGCCUCCAAGACGCUCGCAGUCUCUCUGUUUUGAACGAACCGCUAAGCACUUUAGAAACAGCCAGUGAUGAAAACCUCAAGAUUUUAUCUGCUAUAGAUCAAGGUGAUGUGUUUGCACUGAGGCAACUGCAAAAAUACAGUGAUGCCUAUAAGGAAGAAGACAGCAAAGGUUGGCUUCCGAUGCACAGAGCGUCAGUCCAGCCGGAUGCCCAUGUGUUGGACAGCGUCCUCCUGGCAUCCUAUGAGCGGAGCAUGGAGGAGAUGACGGCCGACGGAGACACCGCUUUGACUCUGGCUUGUCAAGCAGGACAUGUGGAGAAUGUGAAGGUUCUUCUCCAACACGGAGCAUCUCCACACAACAUGAACCGCAGGAAUGAGACUCCACUUCUCCUGGCUGUGAGGGCAAACUCGUAUGAUAUGGUUCAUGCACUGAUAAUGGGAGGCGCCUCCGUGCAGCAGGUUUGUUUGAAGAAAUGGACGGUCACCCAUGAGGCUGCUAAAGUGGGUUGCAUGGACAUCCUGAUGCUGCUGCUGAGACACAGGGGGAAGGCCAUGGGACGGGAUGGUCAUGGGGUCACACCGCUGGGCAUCGCCGCAGAGUACGGCCAUCCGGAAAUACUGGAAAUCCUUAUCGAACAUGGGGGCGACGUCACAGAACAAGCUACAAAUGGAGACAGUGUGUUAUAUGACGCUGCAGGCUGUGGGAACCUGGACUGCAUUGAUCUACUCUUACAACAUGGCGCCAGUCCUAAUGUAGCCAGUCUUUGCUGUCAACUGCCGAUUCACCGCGCAGCUUACGAGGGGCACUACCUGGCUCUGAAGAGAUUCAUUCUCAUCACCACUAAGAGGGCCAUCCGUCUGUCUGGGAUGAGUCCGGUUCAUUCUGCGGCGGACGGAGGCCAGGCUGACUGUCUCGAGCUGCUCAUCAAGAAAGGCUUUGACGUCAAUCCAAUCCUGGGCUGCCAUAUUUCCGAAAACUACAGUGACAUGAGGAAGACCCCGCUGUACUUCGCCGUCUGCAAUGGAGACGUCACGUGCGCCGAGAUGCUUCUGAAAGCAGGUGCGAAGCCCGACCUGGACCCGCUGCGCUGCCUCCUGGUGGCGGUCAGAGCUGGGAAGUACGAGCUGGUGCGGCUGCUUCUCGCCUACGGGGCAGACGUCAACUGCGUCUUCUCCGUUGUCAGCAACACCUUAUUUCCUACCGCACUGCAGUACUGCAUCAAAGAUGAAAUGAUGCUGCGCCUGCUCCUUAACAACGGUUACCAUGCAGAAAGCUGCUUUGAGUGUUACCACGACAACUGUGUAACAACAUACACGUGGACAGAGGCUCCUAGCCAGUCAUACCAAAUCAAGAGUGCAACGAAUAAAGUAACCUUUGGUGAGUUUAUUAGCGUGGCAUGGAUGGCACACUUGGCAGGGAGGGUGGUGCUGACACUCCUAGAUUAUGUGAAUCAUGUGCACAUCUGUUCUAAACUGCAACUUAUUCUGGAGAGACAGGAGGAGUGGCCCGAUAUCUGUGACAUCCUUAGGAAGCCACGCCCUCUGAAACACCAGGCCAGGUUGGUUAUCAGGAGACGUAUGACACUGACAAAACUGAAUGACCCAGAGUUCAUGAGCACCGUUCCUUUCCCCCCGACACUGAAGAACUUCCUGCUCUACAAAGAAUAUGAUGUUUAUGGUCGAAUGGAUGAACAGUAGAUAUAUGUAUCUACACUCCAAAAAAAGAUGGUUCUUUAAAGGUUCUUUACAUGCAGCAAUGG